GGUCAUCAGCAAUGGAGGCCGCGAUAGUUGUUGAGGGGUUCAAAGAAAGUGAACGCAUGUAUGGAAUAAGGUACCAUAAAUUAAUUGGUGAUGGAGACAGCAGCGUUUAUAAGCAAAUUUUGGAUGCACGUCCCUACAAAAAUCUCACAAUCGAAAAAAUUGAGUGUAAAAAUCAUUUGCUUCGGAAUUUUUGUAAGAAAUUAAAAGAAAUUACUACCAAAAAAGAAGCUGGUAAAUUGGACCACAGGAAGUUGCUACAAAAAAAUAUUUUAAGGUUAAGGAGAGGAAUCGUUUCGGCAAUCAAGUAUCGAAGACAAAAUAAAAAUACAGAAAAUGAUUUACGAAAUGACAUUUUAAAUUUUAUCGAUCACGUUUUUGGUCAACAUGAUAAAUGUGCAUCUUAUUUCUGUGAUAAAGUUGAAGAUGUUAAUUAUCUUGAAAAAAUUAAAUCAACUGAUUCAAAUUUUUAUUCAAAUAUAAUGCAACCUGUACGGUAUUUAGCAAGAAAUAGCCGUAGUUUGUUGCAAAACGUGGAUAGCAACGUCGUCGAAUCAUUGAAUGGCAUUAUAGCAAAAUUAAUUGGUGGCAAAAGGAUUAAUUUUGCAAUGUCGAGGUCAUACCAAGGGCGUGUGGCUGCUGCAACAGUGAUGAAGAAUACAAAACGGCCACUAUAUAAAUUGCAUAAAACUUUAUUGCAGCAUAGUCCUGGGAAGAAAUGGCCAUCAUCGAAGUUGGAAAUACAACGCCAGAAAAAACAAAUGCGUCAAAACGAACUGAGAAGCAAAACAUACAGAACUAAAUUGAAGUUCCAAAGCGACUACGUUGAUCCGUCGUACGGUGAAAAGUCACAAAAACCGGAUAUGACCACCGAGCAAUUUGAUGAUGAAAAAAAAAAUAUUUUUAAUUUGUUAAAAGAAAUGGCAGCUAACCGCGAUGUCAUUGAAAAAGAAACAGUGGAACAAUCAGCAUCAAGCAAAUGGUUGGAAUAUAGAAGGCACCUUAUUACGGCUUCAAAUUUUGGACGCAUAAUUUGUUUACGAGCUGAUACAGGAUGUGAAAAUGUUGUAAAAAGUAUGCUGUACUCAUCAAACGUCGAUUGUAAAGCAAUGGAAUAUGGGCGGGAACAUGAACAAGAGGCAAAGUUACAAUUGGAAACAGUUUUGGGUGUAAGUAUUAGUGAAUGUGGUUUAUUUAUAGACACCAAAAAUCAUUUCUUAGGAGCAACACCUGAUGGACUAAUAGGUAAUGACACAUUGGUUGAAAUUAAAUGUCCCAUAUCUGCUGCAAAUAUAACGCCUGAGGAAGGGAUACGCCAAAGAAAAAUUACUCUAUGGAAAAUAAAUAAAGAUAAAGAUAUUAUAGGAAUAAAUACUCAUCAUAAAUACUAUUACCAAAUCCAAGGACAGUUGCAUGUAACAGGCCGAACAUUUGGAAUUAUGGCAUAUUGGACAAAAAAAGGUAUUAAAUACGAAACUAUUGAAAAAGAUGAUCAAUUUUGGGAAAAUAAUAUGUUUCCAAAGCUGCAAAAUUUUUUCUUUAACUGUCUUUUACCGGAACUAGUUGAUCCGAGACAUUCCAGAAGCAUGCAGAUUAGAAAUCCUACUUAUAUUUUGGAAGCAAAACAGAAGAAAGGGAAAAAAAAUGUGAAAUUAGUAUAAAUAUUUUGACUUUUUCUGUUCUACUUUUUUUAUAUUUCAAUUUAUAUUUCAAUUUAUGUUGUUUAAAUGUAUUUAUUCAAAUAUUAUGGUAUAAAUAUGAUGUUCGGUUGUUUAUAUUUGAACUAAUGCCAAUUGGUUGUAAUUAAUCAUAAUCAAUAAACAUAUUAUAAUUACAACUGAACAAUGUUCCUUAUAUGAACAAUAAGUGCCAUGCAGAGAUUGUUGUUAAUACCUACGUAUUUUCAAUUUUCAAUCACAAAUAUAAUGAAAUAAUAAAAUGUAUUAAACUCACUGUCAGCCUGGCCAUCGCCGAUGGUCUGCGAAUGUAGCCGGGGCCCCUCCGUUUCAUAUUUUAUUUUAGGGUCUUGUCAAUUUUUUAUUUGCGUGGUGACGUGUUCUUGGUCUUUAUAGGGAGUAUAGACUCUUCAAAGUAUUUAUCGAAAUAUUUAACCAUACGUAAUUUUUAGGAACAAUUUUUCUUUAUACGGCCCAACGCCCAAGGCUCGUUCAUUAUGGGGCCCCUUAAAAAACUGAUCCAUGAGCCUUUGGUAUGCCAGGCCGACACUGAUUAAAAUUUUAUAUAAUUAGUCAAACAUAUUAUGUAAAUGCUAAUGUCAUCAACUGUCAAGUGAUAUUAUGAUUAUCAGACACAGUUCACACCAUAACUAUCAAGCUGUUUACUAUUACGGUAAAGUUUGUAGGUAAGUAUAAAAAUUGAUAAAUAAAAAUGUUUGAUGAUUCCCAUAAUAUUUAGAAUCGGUAAUAUAUUACGACGUAGGUAAUAUUAUCUUAUCUUGUUUUCGCGGUCGCGCCGUCGACGCGUCUUACGCGGAAACCAUCUAAAUUGACUUACUAACACUAAUGUCCAUUUACGAAUAUACAAUUACUAACACAUCCACAACAGAAGUUUAGAAAUUGCCUAUAUAAUUUUCCUUAAUAAAUGUUAGUGUUGAGGCC